GGCCGCGCGAGUCCACCGCUCCGCUCCACGCGCGCGCGAGCCCUCGAUUCGUCACGCACACGCGCCCGCGAAUAACCCAUUUCAUCAUCUCCUCGCGCCCGCGCGCGCGGUGGCCACUAGCCCACCACUACCACUACGCGCUGGUAGUUACCCGCCCCUAUCACCCCGCGCCUCGGCCUCGCUCGCUUUCCCCUACUUCCAGCGAUUUCAUCAAGAACCACCUAGCGAGAGCGAGACCGAGCGAGAGAGAGAGAGCACGGCGGCGAUGGCGUACCAGAGGGGGGAGACGUCGUCGGUGGUGGAGGCGUUCACGCUGUCGCCGCUGCCGUACCCGGUGAUCCUGAUCCUGCUCAUGGUGAUGCUGCUGCUGGGGGUGUCGUGGUUCUUCACGUACGAGGACUUCAUGGAGGAGGCGGCGGAGCAGCUCAGCUGGGCGCUGCUGCUCGUCCCCGUCGCGCUCGUCCUCCUCAUCCGCUGGAUCUCCUCCGUCGACACCUUCGACGGCUACUUCAGCUUCUACCCAACCGAGCGCCGCUGGAACCGCUACGACCCGGGCCCCGCCGAGGGGAGCUCCCCAUGGGGCGUCGCCAUGGUCGUCCUGCUCCUCCUCGUCCUCGCCUCCUUCCACUCCACCUUCCAGGACAUGUGGAAGCCCUGAUCAUUGAUUCUACUGCUACUCGUCGUCUUUGAUAUCCGCACGCCUAUUAUGCGUACGUACGUGGGGUUAUACGCUGCUUGAUUUGCUUGCCGGUUAGUAACUAGCUAGUUAUGCAUCUGUACAUAUACCGAGCUUGAGACUGUUAACUCUUGUUUUGUAAUUAACGCGUCUGGUUUUUGUUCGGGAUCGAGUUUGUUUUCUCUGUUCAUCCAUCCGUUUCUUCUUCUCU